AAUAUUAUCAACCCCCACCCCAGUUCAGUAGGUCACGAAACAGAAACGCUCACGCCGCAACUCCGCUAUUGCCGCCGGAUGCCCGCUGCAAGACCACGCCAUAGCAGCCUCCAUCACUAUCCCGCCCCUAUAUCUCGCCCGUUUCCGUCUCUGGCCAGCUUCCGGCGCCGGCCUGCCUCCGUCUCUGUCCCGUCCCGAUCUCUCGCCCUCCUCCAUCGCCGGCCCGCCUCCAUCGCAUAUUUCAAAGCUAGCAUUAGACAACAAUGGAAGUAGAGAGCAAAAGCAAUCACAAAAGCGAACAUAAUAAGAUCGGCUGCAAUAUGAAGCGAAACAACAAUGAGAAGAAAACGGAGCUUGCUGGGCAGUCUGCCACUUGUAACGGCCAACAGCACUUGAAGAAAAGGAACCGGAAAGAAGUUGCCAUAUUUGGGAAUUACAGAAAUUAUUACGGAUACAGGGUUGGGCAUGACCUGGAUGAAGAUCCUAGAUUGAAGAUGAUGAAAAGAGAAUGGUUUGAGGGAAAGGACUGCCUUGAUAUUGGCUGCAAUAGUGGUUUAAUUACUAUAGCUGUUGCAAAAAAGUUUGGUUGCCGGAGCAUUCUUGGUGUUGACAUUGAUGGAGCUCGAGUUGAGGAUGCAAACUGGACACUAAGGAAAGUGAUUAGGACAAGUACACAAAAGGGGAAUUCCAAGCCUGACCGAUCAGCAGAUGCAGAGUUGGCCAGCAGCUUGGGAAACAACACAUCUGAAUCACUGACUGAUGAAAAACGAGAUGACUCGUUGGAAACUGAUCUGCUUAAAAUAGUCUCUUUUCAGAAAGGCAAUUUCGUUCAGAGUUGGCGCCCACCAGAAAACAAAUGUUUUCAUGCAAUCUUUUGCUUAAGUGUGUCGAAAUGGAUACAUUUGAACUGGGGUGAUGAGGGACUGAUCACAUUAUUUUGGAGAGUGUGGAAACUCCUCCUUCCGGGUGGCAUUUUCAUUUUGGAACCCCAACCCUGGAGCUCGUACUAUAACAACCGUCUUGUGUCCGAGACUGCUGCCACUAAUUACAAGAACAUUCAGUUUUCUCCCGAAGAUUUUCAGUACAUACUUCUAGAUAAGAUUGGAUUCCGGAGGGUUGAAAACAUAACACCUCGCGAAUUUGGCAACAAACAGGGGUUCGACAGACCUAUUUUGGCUUUCUGGAAAUGAUGUUGAUGUGGUUCAUUUGAAUAUAUGGAGGAAUUUACAAUUGCUAUUGCAUGGAGCUUUUGUUUUUUUCGGUGCAAGUGUUGGCGAAGUAUGGUGUGAUUCUCUGUCAUGUCCUUAUUGUGAGUCAUUGUAUAAGGAAUCUUGCAGAGCAGUUUUGAGGGAUUAUUAAUUAUAGUUUUGCCAAGAUAGGAAAAGAAUUGACUUUCUUCUUACAGAGCAAAUGAUGUUGGAUUUUCUCCAAACAGUAUAUAUAAAGUGUAAAAUGGAGAU